AUGAUGCUACGCCGAACCAUGCCAAACAUACUUGAUAUGCGGCACCCUCUGCAUCACUUUUCACUCCGCCAUGCAACCCAAGUGAACAUACAGCCAGGGAAAUCGCUCGUCACUAGUUCAUCCAGCUUUCUGAUACGCCAAAUGAAGCGCCGGUCUUAUUCAACUAACUCCCUUGAAAACAAGGCGUCAAAGCCUGCUAAGCCUCCGUUCAGCUUGCGUCCGUACAUGGAUCUGAUGCGCCUUAGCCGUCCCAUCGGGACCUACCUCCUGUUCUGGCCCUGCGCAUGGUCUAUCACAAUGGCGUCGCAAUUUACACAUGCGCACCCUUCGGUAUGGCUUACCAAUCUCGCACUGUUUGGAGUAGGAUCUCUUAUCAUGCGUGGUGCUGGAUGCACUAUCAAUGACAUGUGGGAUGCCAAAAUCGAUGCCAAGGUGGAUAGGACCAAGUCACGUCCAAUUGCCUCAGGCCAAGUUUCAUACGGUCAGGCCACGGCCUUCCUUGGAUUACAGCUUGCUGCUGGCCUCGCUGUACUCGUACAACUCAACACGUACAGUAUCAUUCUUGGAACUCUAGCUCUUGGACCCGUCUUCGCGUAUCCUCUUAUGAAGAGGAUUACAAACCUUCCUCAAAUCGGGAUGGGUAUCUCGUUUACUUGGGGUUCUAUGCUCGGCUGGUCUGCUGUGGCAGGUGCUUGCUACUGGCCUGCUGUACUACCAUUGUACGCCAGUACAGUGACAUGGGGUGUGGCAUAUGACACCAUUUAUGCCCACCAGGAUAAAGUUGAUGACCGCGCUACAGGCGUCGGAUCUGCUGCCCUCUUAUUUGGGGACGAAGGAACCAAACCUGCGCUUGUCGCUCUCUCUGCUCUCUGGCUAGCCCUGAUCGCAUAUUCCGUCCAAACACAGUCGCCCAUCUUUCCUUCUUUUACUACUGCUGAGGGGCAAACACUUUCGCUACAGGAAUGGCUCCAGCUCACGCUUACUGAGGGACACCCGUUUUUUGUUGCUUCUUGGCUUGCUACUGCAGCGCACAUUGCAUGGCAGAUCCGUACUGUCAAUCUCAAUAGCCGCGCUGACUGCUGGGCCAAAUUCUGCAGUAACAGUACCGUUGGCUUGAUUAUGUUCCUUGGACUUGCAGCCGACUACCUUUAUCAAUGGUCCAAGCAAAAGUCAGAAACUCAGGAAGUCAGUUACAAGUAA